AGAUGAGUUCUUUUAACAGCCUUGACUUGCUCCAGCCCUCAUCAAACACAGGAUCAACAUCAUCCACGCUGUGUGACCAAAUACUGUAUUUCAGACUUUUCCGUUAAAGAAGUAAAUGUGGCAUCCAUACUACGUGUAGGCAUUUUCACAACGAGCACGGAGUGAAGGAUCAGUUCUAAUCUUUCUUCAACAUGGACUGUAGAGUGCUGUCAAUUCAGAGUCACGUGGUUAGGGGAUAUGUUGGAAACAAGUCAGCUACUUUUCCUUUACAGGUACUUGGCUUUGAAGUGGACUCUAUUAACUCAGUCCAGUUCUCCAAUCACACAGGCUACAAGCACUGGAAAGGACAAGUGCUGACUGCAGAUGAGCUACAGGUCCUUUAUGAAGGGAUUAAACUCAACAAAGUCAACCAUUAUGACUAUGUACUAACAGGUUACUCCAGGGAUGUGUCUUUCCUGGAGAUGGUGGUGGACAUUGUACAGGAACUGAAGAGUGCCAACACGAAUCUUGUAUAUGUAUGUGAUCCAGUCAUGGGAGAUAAUGGAUCAAUGUACGUUCCAGAAGCCCUGCUUCCUGUCUACAGGGACAAAGUGGUGCCAGUGUCCGACAUCAUUACACCAAACCACUUUGAGGCAGAGCUCCUGACAGGAAAAAAAAUUUGUACAGAAAAAGAUGCAAUUGAGGCAAUGGAUCUGCUGCAUGCUAUGGGUCCUGACACUGUGGUCAUCACUAGUUCAGACCUUCUCUCUCCUCUGGGAGAUCAAUAUCUAGUGGCACUGGGGAGCCAGACAACAGUGAAUGCAGAUGGCAGUAAAGAGACAAAACGAAUCCGAAUGGACAUUCCCAAAGUAGAUGCUGUGUUUGUGGGCACUGGUGAUCUGUUCGCUGCUAUGCUGCUGGCAUGGACACACAACCACCCUAAUGACCUUAAAAAAGCCUGUGAGAAGACUGUUUCUGUGAUGCAGCAUGUCAUUAAGAGGACUAUUACCUACGCCAAGGAGGCAGCUGGUCCUGACCGGAGACCAAGUCCUGCAGAGCUGGAGCUGAGAAUGGUGCAGAGUAAAGCAGACAUUGAGGAUCCAGAAAUAACAGUCAAUGCUGUGGUCCUGUAGGGUUUCACUUCCAAUUUAAUUUAGACUGCCUUAUGCUCAUACAUGCAAUAACAAUCUUGCUUCAGAGGACACAAAGUCAUUAACAGGUAGAGCAGGAACGACUUGUGAAUGAAUGAAUGAAUAAAUGGCUGACUGACUGUGACUGAACCACACAUGUAAAAUCAUUACGAGAUAAUAACCAAAUACUAACUUUAUGCAAUGUUAAAAUUUAUCUUGGAUUUCAGUACUGUAUAGAGAUGGAGAUGUGCUGCUUGUAACGUUCUAGAAACACUGAUCAUGAUGUAUGCUGCCAGAAUGGGAUUUUUUUCCCCCCAGGUAUAAUGAAAUUGAGAGACAGCUACUAUAAUACAUUCACAAUUACUUUCUCACUGUAAAUGAGACGACAGGUUAAGAUCACUACCUGAUUGGAGUAGGACAUGAUUGCUUAUAAUGUCUAAUGCCUGAGCACAUUCAUAUUAAUCUCAAUGUACAUAAGUUAAAUCCAUGUAACUUCUAUAUUCCACACAGUUGUUGAUUUUUUUCUUUUUCAUUCAACAUGAAUGAUCUAAUAUUUAUCUAAUAAUGUUAGUUGAAUUAUUAGGAAAGUAUCAUAUCAAGUGGCUUUUUUAUGUAAUCAAACCAGCCAGUAUUAAAGUAUCUUAAAGAAAAAUUAUAGUUGUAAAGUUUUAAAAACAAAACUUGCUUUUUAAUGAGGACCAGCAGUUAUCUUCAUCCGAACAUGAUAUGAUAAUGAUUUGAUGAUUUUUAUUGAGAGCCAAUAUUAAUUCUGUAUAAUAAAUGUUGCACUUCUUCUGAGUUAGAUUGCUGUGUGAAAGCUUUUUUUUUUUUUAACCACAAACUGCAUAGUUUUACAAAAUAUAAUUUGAAACAUAAAACGCAAAAAGUAUAAUGUAAAAGUUAUUUUGUAAACUGUUUUUGCCUCAAUUUGGUAAUGUUACAUAACCCACCUAACUAUUUCCUGAAUCUUUAACGCUUAGCACGAAGCUACACAUUUGAUGAUCACGUGGAGAUUUGUAAUCAAAUAUAAAUGUAACUGUACCUCGGGACCUGUAAAUGCUGCAGUCUAUUAAAAAUAAAUAAAUGUACAAGAAAGAAUUGUCCAAUUUACCAUACAGCAGUAAAAAUAAACUAAUCUUUUUUGUAAUCACA